GCAGUCACCCACUUCUCCGCUGGAAUGGGAGUACGUCCCUCCACAAACACCGCCCGCCCGGCCCCUCAACUAUCGAGGCCAAAAACCCCCAACUAGUACCCAGCCGCUCCUCAGCCCAGCCGCGCCCCGCCGAUUUCUUCCUACGUGCGUGCGUGCGUGCCCCAGCCCGCCUCGAGACUCGCUACCGACCAACGGGCGCCGGAACGAUGUCCUCCGGCGCCGACGCCUCCGACGUCGACGCCGCGCUCGCCCUCCUCUCCGGCCCCGACCUCGUGGCGCACCUCCGCGUCACCUGCCGCAGGGCGGACUACGAAGCGGCCGCGCGGGUGCUCGGCGACCGCGACCGCAGGCACGCCCAGACCGAGGCCGCGCUUGCCGAGGCCCGGACGGGCCUGGCGGACCUGACCGCGGAAGUCCAGGCCCUGCAGGAACGCUACCUCGAGCUCAAGGCGGCGAGCCGCGGGCCGAGCAGCCGCUCCUCGGGUGGCGCGAUAGCGGCCGCGGCGCCGCGAGUCAACCGGCGCGCUCAGGAGCCGGCCCCGAAGAGCACUAUUGACCUCUGCAGCAGCAGCGACAACGACGAGUUUGAGGAGGGGGAGUUCCGCCCUGGUGUCGCGGGGGUUUCUGGCACGCGGAAGGAUUCCGCGUCCAAGGGCCAGGAAGGGCGCCGCGCGCGGGUUUCUCGCAAGAGGAAGGCACCCGCGUCCGCGUGCUCGUCCGACGACGACGAAAUCUCGCUCAGCCAGCUUAUAAAGAAGCGGAGCAGCGCUAAGCCUUGGGCUAAUGGCGAACCCAAGAAGGGGCAUGGAGAUGUGCAGGCGAAUUCUGCUGGACCAUUGGGAUUUGAUCGGCCUGUGAUUUCUCCCGCGAUCAGGGGAAUCCCCGAAGCAGUCUCUGAGCACAUGGUUGCCAGCCCUGAUGAUCCAAAGGUGUCGGUUUUCAUGCAGGGGACCGGGAAUGGCCAAUCGGGGAAGAAUGAGGGAUUGUCCAGGACAAUGCCGAGUCCUGCACCCACUGGUUCCGGUGCUGGGAACGGCCCACACAAGAACGGCCCACACAAGAAUGGCUCUGAAUGCCAAACGAGGAUCGGUGAGAAACAAAGUCCUGUUGCUCCCCCGGGGAAUGAUGCGUCCGUUCAGGUUAGAACUCCAAGCGUUACGAACAUGGCGAGGACAAAUGUGGGAUCAGCACGAGUUGUUGCUGAGACGCCCAUGCAGCACACUCAUUCUACAUCGGAUGGAACUGUCAACGUGGCUCUCAAGUCUAUGGAAGGGCAGGAGAAAGCAAUUGGUUUAGUGCACAAGACGAAGGUGUCGCUGGAUACUAAUGGAACUGGGGACAAAGCUAGGAUCGUGUUGAAGGAUACUAGAGAGCAACAGAAACCAGCUGGCCUAGUGCUCCACACAAAGGUGUUGCCAAGAAGUGAUGGAAUUAAGGAACAAGGGGGUAAGCUCAGUCCUUUUCGUAGCCAGGUGGAUGCUCAUGGAGGCAGAUCCACAACAUCAGAUAAGCCAGUGUUAGCCACCUUGCAGAAAAACCAGCUUGAGCUGCAUCCGGAGCAAAUGUCAGUAGAGAGUUCAUUGUCUUCAGCAGUUACAAGACAGUGGAAAUCUUCUUCAGCUCUUCUUUUCUCAUGCCUAGGAAAUAAGGAGCUUUGUAUGCAAGCUGCUUGUGCUCUUCACCGCCAGAAAAAGUUUACAACUCAGCUAACUGGAGGAAUCACCAAAUUUGAUGCAGAAAGGGCGGCUGAGUUGGCAGAAUUUCUUUUGGAUGGCAACCUUCAGGGACCGCUGACAAGAACUGCUGAGGACCUAGUGAAGCGUGAUUCUACAGGUCAUGAUUUACUUGAGAGAGUAGUAUUGCAAUGCUCUGAGCAGUUGUUCAGUAUUUACAGGAACAAAGACGAUAAAUACUUCUGUUGAAAGCGACAAAACUGUAUCUGGUAAGGUUUGCACAACUUAUCAUAUGGAAGGGGUCACUA